CAUGUUACAAGGUACGAUUCAUUUAUCGCUUUGCCAUUGAGAUAAAGAGAAUUUCAUUUAGUUAACAGUAUUAUUUAGCACAAAGUAGGUCAGAAUGGUAUUCGUACUUCUGCUUGUGCUAUAUUCAAGUAAUUUUUGAGAUUACCAUGCAGAUGCAUAAAAAUAAAUUAUAAGUAUUACUGAAAUCUUUUAGUUUCUUGAAAUUAAAAACAUAAAACAUGAAUAAUUUUCAAGUUGCGGUUAAUAUUAAAGAAAUAAUAGAACUUGGAAAACUUCUGCAUCAAAAUGGAGAUAAAAUAUUAAGCGCAUCAAGUAAACUGUCUUUGUCAACUACACUGUUAUACAAUUUAAAUGAAGGUUUUUCAGUAAUAGUCAAUGAACCUGAAGAUUUAGAGGGUUCAUUUCAAGUGUGCAAUAGUUCAGAAAUUGAUAUAUUUCGUGAUUUUAAAUUUCUACAUGACUUUGUGCAAAAGACAAUUGGAUUGAAAGUGACUUACUGUCCAAAAAAUUCUGACAUCCCAGUUGAUAUCACAAAAUUUAGGCAUUUAAAAUACUUGGAACUGAAGAAAAUAAAUAUAGACUUAGUGAAGGGACUCCAAGGUAUCAGAGGUCAACUUGAAACUGUUAUCUGUGCUGGUAGAAAAGGAGUUUGUACCGUAAGACAGCUAUUAGCUUCUUGUGGUGGAGAUGCUGGCAUUGGAUUUGUAUGGGGUUCAUUAAAACAUUUAGCAUUACCUCAUAAUGCUCUUGAAAGACUGGAUACAUCUUUGGAAUUAGCACCUUGGCUACAAAUAAUAGAUCUGAGUCAUAACUUCAUAACGUCUGCUGAAGAAUUAUCUUGUUUACCUAACUUAAAAUAUGUAAACCUUGGGUAUAACAAAUUAGAAACAGUACCUACUUUUAAUAAAGCUGCAGUGCAUUGCUUGCAAGUAUUAGUUUUAAAAAAUAAUUACAUAGAAAAUCUAAAUGGUUUGCAAAAUAUAGAAAGUUUAACAGAAUUAGAUUUAUCAUACAAUUGUUUGAUGGAACAUUUGACUUUGUGGCCUUUAGAAAAAAUGUCGACUUUGUUAUGGAUAAGUUUGGAAGGAAAUCCUUUAUCAUACCAUCCAAAACAUAGAAAGUUAUCUGUACAAUAUUUACACCCAUGUUUAAGGGAUAGCAAGUUUGUUUUAGAUCAUGUGCCUCUUUCAAAGUCAGAGAAACAACUUAUUGCCGAAAAUCGCCUUUUUACAAUCAGAUCCAAACAAUCCGCAUCAAAUGAAGUUCUGGCUUCAUUGACAAACUCUGUCAGUUCUAGUAGUCUAUCUACAUCUGUUAAUGUAUUUACCACUAGUGAAAUUGUUGCAGGAAAAUCUAUAGAUAUUACGAACAGUGUAGAAAGAAAUUUGUCUAAAAGUAAAAAGAAAUUAAACAUAAAAGAAGCUCUUAUCGCAGAAGAUGAUCAAGAAAGGAAGGAAUCAGAAGCAAAUUCUAGUAUUUGUAGUUCUUAUUUAGAAACUUCAAAGGACCACUUAGAAACAAAAAAGCAAAUUUUAGCACUGAGAGAAAAAUAUGGAGAGGAUAAUUGGUUAAGCAGUCAUGCUGGAACAUUUGUUCAAGAUAUAAUGGGGUUGCAAGCAUCAUCGAGUCCUGUAUUAACACCGGAAUCUACCGUAAAAAAUUUAGAUGGUACAAGUCCUAUGUCAAAUACUCAGGACGAUGCAAUUCUUUUAAUUAAAAAUGCAGAAAGUAAAACGAAAGAGGAAUUGGAAACGAAAGAGGAUGAUGUAGUUGAUAGUGAAAAAGAAAAUCAAACUAAGGUAUUAAACGAAGAAGAGAAUAUUUUUGAAGAAUCUAAUGAUGCAAUAAGUACUAAUUUAAAUAUACCUGAACCUCUUUAUGAUCCCGAAGAAGAAAAGGGGGAUCUAUAUUUGGUUCAAAAGAAGAAAAAUGAUAAUGAGUUAGAAGAUUUAUUCUUAAUAAUAACUUUAAAUGAUAUUAUAGAAAGAGAUGCACUUUCUGGCAAACUAAAGUAUUCUUGGUCAACAAAUUCUGUGUUGUCAUGUGUACUAGGCAGAAGUGAACCAGUUACAGUAGACAUAAUUUUCGAUACAACUCGGGAGAAUCGUCAAAAUAGGAGAUACUAUGUAGAACCGGAUGCUGCAAAAAAAAUAGUAGAAAUAAUUGGCGAAAGAAUGAAGAAGAGACCUAUAUCAUUGAAAGUUUUUAAAUGCAUGAAAUGUUCAACUCAUUUUUCUCAAGAUACAGAAUAUAUGACAGUCAUAACUUCAUCUAUGUCAGGUGUGAAACAAUUAAAAUGUCCUACUUGUGAAAGCACCCUAGUCAUAGAAACAGAUGAAAUAUCAACUCUUGAUGCAGAGAGUGAUGUUUCGGAGGAUUCUUCUGAAUGUAUGAUUAAAAAUCAGCAUUCAGAAAACACUAUGAAAACUAACUUGCAACAUUCUGAGUCUUUUUCUAGUAUUGGUGGAACGGAGGGUGGAGCUAAAUCCGUCACCACUUCUCUGGUACACUCCGACUUUCACACCCAAGCUCAAGCCUGCUGUUCAGCAACGAGUUUGGAAGAAUCACGAGAAUCUACACCAUCUAUAAAUACGUUGAACAAGAAGUAUGAAAGUGAUAUUGAGAUACUCAGCAACCCCAGUCAAAGUAGUAUUGAAGUUCUAGAUGAAACAUCAAGAACUCAUCUGACACCGCAUAGAAAGCGUUCUUCAGAAGAAAGACGUACCGCAGUUGCUCCAUCUCUUUUAACGAUACCAGAUAAAGUGCCAAUUACGACUGGUUUAACCGAAAGUAGUUCUUCAGGUUCCUUAACGGAUAGUAUUUGUACCGCGUACGAAAAUAAGCCAAUUAAGCAAGCUACUGUAGAUGAAAAAUCCCUUAAUAACAGCACUGACAAAGAGAUGAAAUUCACACCUGUAACAAAUUUAACUUCCAUGCUAGGGGGUUUACUUCAAAGCAUAAAGAUUGGUAGUAAUAAAUCAUUAGUGUUGAAAGAAGAGGAAGCAUCAAACUUCCUUGGUAGUAACAUUCAGUAUUCCUAUACGGAUUUCGGAAGUAUAGAUCAUAGAAUAAAGUUGCAUAUUAUUUUGAACAUAUUUGAACACGAAAAGGAGGAACUUAUUCUUCUUCUUAGGGCUGAAAUUCUUAUGCAGAAUACGAAAGAUACGUUUCCUGGUUGUUUAGUUCUAUCUACAUCAAAGGUUUAUGUUCUUAAAAUUGACGGAUUUGAGGGAGAGGAUCCGCAACGUUGGUUGCAUAAAGAAAUCAGUUGGACAAUGGAUAGAUUGAGAUGUUUUGCACCUCUACCAUUUAAACAAGGAGUUCUGAUUGAAUUAGAACAGCCUAUCAAAUUAAAUGAGGAAUUACACUCUACUAUUACAUUUUUAUGUAUUCUACAAGAUUUUCAAAGAACAUCAAACUUUUUAUUUUAUAUCACUGAUUUAUCGUUGCCGCCUAGUUGCGAAGUUGAAUUCACGGUACCGGAACACUGUACCAUUUUUAUGCACCGUUUAUUAAAAAAUUGUAAGAAUUAUCAAGAUGGAGAUUCUGUGAGACUACUUGCCUUAUUUUCUUCUGCCUUAUUAAAAUAUCAAGAUCUGAAGGUUCAACUUAAAUUAUCCAGUUUAAUAGUAACUGCAUCUGUUCUGGUAAUAUGCAAUAUGCAAUGGCUUCUAUCUGGUAGCAAUGAAACACCAAAUAUAAUAAGGGAACAAGCUAUGAGCAACUUGAUCGGAUUGGAACAUUAUAGUUCUACGCUAACCCUAAAUUUCUUAGACGAGGUAAUGGGACAGGAAGAGUCAUGGGUUUUAGAUUUUGUUUCUGCAAGUGCUGCUGAAACGGUCAUAAAUUCUGUGCAACCACCAUGGGAAGAAUUAUUCUCGAUUCCAUUACAAAUCACAGUUGGCAAGUCGCAAAACGCUGAAAACGUGUAAAAUGAUAUUUUACUCGCAUAAAAGGAUAUUCUAGUCGAACAAAAUAUAUCAGGUAACCAUUAAACGAAUAUUAUUGGUUAAACUGAAUCAAUAAAACUUGUGAUCCAACAUAAUUUUACACAUGUUAGUAGAAUGAAUAGUUUUUUUUCUUCGUAAAAUCUGUGUAAGUAAAUGAGUAAAGAGAACAAAGUGUAAUGUUUGACCAACAAAAAUAUAAGUAAUCAUGUAUGAUAUAGAAAAACUAGUAAUAUACUGUGAGUAAUACUUUUUAAAUUCAGAAAAUUUCAUUACAGAGAUUUAUUAUAAUUUUAUCAAUAUUUUAAACGUCACAGCAUAUAUCUUUGGAUGAUUUUUAGUACAUUUCCGUACCUUGUUAGAAAUUUUAAAUGGUGCUAUUAAAAUUAAGAUAUUCUAUUUUAAAACACGUGUUACUGCAAAGAAACUUUUGUAUUAAUAGUUUAUUGCAUACCUUGUAUAAUAACACUGUAAAUGUUUAUUCGUUAUUUUAAUACUGAACGUGAUAUAUUGACAAUUUAUCUUCAGCAAUGUUACGUUAAUCAAAAAAAUAACUUUAAUAUAACAAAAUAAGCACAUAUUUUUAUAUUACGAGAAAGGAGAAUCAUACAGGUGUUAUUUAAUUUUGAAUGUUUGUUUUGUAAAUAUUUAAAAUGUGUACAGAAAUAUUACACGUAGGUGUAGGUAAAUGCAUAUUCACCAAAUUUUUGUAUGCUCCCUUUGCCUUAAAAAAGUGCAAAAGUUUACAAUACUGAAUAAUACUUGAAUAUCGUUAUCAAUCUGUGAUAUAUAUUUUGAUUUUUAUUACAUAUUUCACGUGCACCUGUACGUCGUAAAAUUUUAUAAUAUUAAAUUAAGAAGAAACAUAAACGACAGUGUUAUAUUCGCUAGAUCAAACUUCUUGGUAGUUUAGUUUAAGUAAUGCAAUUAAACAUAAAUUAUUUUCUUUAUAUAUUAUAUUAAUGUUCGUGAAAUGUCAAAUUUUUCUGGAAUUAA